AUUUCCUCCGGAGCUCAUCGAUUCGCCGGAUUUUUGCGGAAAUCUCGCCGGAAAUUGCACGAUUUUUUUUUUGCCGAAGGUCGAGCGAGAAAAUUGUCUUGUGUUCACUCAUAAUAUCGAACUAUCGGAGUGACAGUGCAGGGCGCAUGCGCUGGAGUCAAUUGAGUGAAUGUAAACAAUUGGAAUUGGAGUGCAGUUUCGCUCCGAAACGGAUUUCUUUCGGGUUUUAAUGAGCUGAAACGACAAAAAGCCAUGGUGACCGAGGAGUCAACAGACCCUCCAAAGAAGCCCCCUCCGCCCUUCAAAUCCUCGACAUUCCAGCAGACCUUCCGACCCAUCUCACAGUCAGGAAAGAAACGAACGUGGAAGUCUCUCAAACAGGUUCUAGCCCAAGAGCGAACGUUGCCCUGGCCAGCAGAGGCAGUUCACUACAGUUCAAUCAACGCUCCACCGAGCUUCAAACCUGCCAAAAAAUACUCAGACAUCUCAGGAUUACCAGCACGAUAUACAGAUCCCCAGACAAAACUGUACUACGCAACAGCCGAGGAAUUUUCAACAGUGCGUAGUCUCCCCAUGGACAUAACAGCUGGCUACCUAGCCCUCCGUGGAGCAUCAAGUAUCGUAGGUUAAUUAGCUUGACAAUUGUAAAUCCAUCAAUUAAACUCCGAAGAAUUGUCCAUCAAUUAUUGUUCUCUCAAACUCAUUCCUAUUAAUAAUCCUCCCAUUUUGAUAUUCCUCCAUAAUA